AUGAUGGCUGGAGGAACUUCAGAAUACACUGCAUUGGGAGAUGAGGAUCUUCCAGUUCAGGUGCUGCCACACGUGAAGCCUCAGGCUUUAAUCGUGGUGGCAGACGGCAGUGACGAACUCGAGACAUUGGCACUGUCCGAUGUUUUGAUCCGCGGGGGGCUGCAUGUCACCAUCGGCUCGGUCGGUCGAGUGAAGAAUAAUAUCAUUAUGGGCAACUACGGCUUGCGUAUCCAGGCCGAAAAGUCACUCGAAGAGUGCAGCUUCGAGAACUUCGAGCUAAUUGUUUUACCUGGAGGCGAUGGAGUUGGCCACUUGCGUGACUCAGAUCUCUUGAUCAAAAUGCUGAUGUGGCAGAAACAGGCUGGACGUUGGAUUGCAGCGAGUUCGUCAGCGCCUGCGAUUGUGCUGAGCCCGCAUGGGUUGCUUGAUGACCGUGCGACGUGCUCGCUCUCCCACGAGCCUCAGAUGACUCGUGAGUUUGUGGAUGAAGACUUUGUCGUCAAUACUCGGUGCGUGACAAGCAAAGGCGGUGACACAGUGCUGAAGUUCGCACUUACGCUGGUCAAGUUGCUGAAUGGGGAGCUGGCUGCUCGCAGAGCUGCAGAUGAGCUCUUGUACCCUUGGCUGUAG